AUGUCAUCAGCUAUCAGCUAUACUGCCUAUAUGAACCCAGACACUAAUCUUGCAACUCGUACGGAAGGAGAUGAUAUUCGUGAUUCAGAGGGGCAGGAUGUGCCGCCUUCUGAUCUGAUUGUCUCACUUCUUCAAGAUGACCAAUAUGCCAGUCAUCCGGUGGUCAUAGACUUAGUAGUGCACAGGGCAUGGAUUAUUGAAGCGCUAGCAGGUCAUGACCCAACAAACCAGCCAUUGCGGUGGAGCCAAAAGAUGGUUCAAAAUGCAUGCCAGUCCGAACUCCAAACCCUGAGCACAAAGGAAAAUCAGUGGCAUUUCAAUGCAUCUAAUGCAUCAGCAGAGCAGAUUGAGCAAUUCUGUCUCAAAGAUAUGGCCCUGCAGUUCCAAAGCAGCGCACCUCUCCUUUGGGACUUACUCGAGAGUUUGCUAUCUGCUAAUUCAUGUCCUACAGAUCCAGACCUUGAAAAUCCAGCCACGGAAGAUGCCAAUGUUGUAGCACUUAACAAGUUAGAAGAAGAAUACUAG